AUACAGUGUUUGGGUUGUUCUUCAUAAAAAAAUUGGAUAUAUUUUAACUGGCAAUUGUAAAUGCAUGGCAGGUCUGGGAUCUGUAUGCAGCCAUGUGGCUGCAUUGCUGUUUAAGAUCGAAGCAUGCAUUCGAACUGAAGUUCAUAAGACUGCGGUGACUAGUAAAUUGUGUCAAUGGAACCAAGUAAAAAGAAAAGCAGAAGCAUCAUCAUUGCAAAAUAUAUCUUUUAAUAGACCAAAACUUAACGAUUUACCAAUUGAAAGGACAUUGUCUAACAGUAAUAGUAAAAAUUAUACUGUCAAUGCAGAACAAUCCAUUAUAAAUUUAGGUGUAGAUAAAGUCAUAGAACUGCAAAAAAUUAUGCCUAAAGCAGCUUAUUUUAACUAUGUAAAUGUCUUGGAACUUUCCUAUGAUACUGAGGGUACUUUAACAUCUGAUGAGAAUGAAGAAAAUCUAUGUCCAGAACCUCUUACUAGUCUAUUUGAUUAUGAAGCAAUCAAUUUAGAUAGUGCCACUCUCAAAGAUAUAUGUAAUUUAAAAUAUGAAGAAUACAAAUCAACUUACACUUCAAAAUCAUUUAAUUUUUUAUCUGAAAAUACUAAACUGCAAAGUUUAUCUAGUGCAUGGAAUAUUCACAGAGCAGGCAGAAUUACAGCAUCUAAUUUUUAUGAAGUUAUGCAUUUUAAAUAUAAAAACUCAAGUAACUCGUUGCUUAAUAAGUUAAUGUGUUAUACCAAAGCACCAAACACACCUUCUUUAACUUACGGCAGAGAAAUGGAAUGCAAAGCCAGGGAACACUAUCAAACUAUUAUGAAAGAAAAACACAAUGAUUUUCAAGUGACAGCUACUGGCCUUCAUAUUUUAUACAAUAAGCCAUAUCUAGGAGCGUCCCCUGAUUCUAUAGUGAGCUGCUCUUGCCACAGUGAUGGUUUGCUCGAAAUUAAAUGUCCAUUUAAUUAUCGAAAUGGUUUAGUUAACUGGGAAAUGGAUAAUAAUUUCCCUAUUGACUCAUCUGGAACCAUGAAGAAAAAUCACAAAUAUUAUGCACAAGUUCAAGGUCAAUUAUAUGUUCUAAAUAAAGAAUAUUGUGAUUUUUUUGUCUGGGCUCCAAAUCAUUAUUUAUUAAUUCGAGUUACUAAAGACUUAGAGUUUAUUGAUGAAAUGAUGCCUUUGCUCUGGAAAUAUUUCAUUGAAUGUUUACUACCUGAAGUUGUUACACGUAAAAAUGAUGUAUGUUUAGACAAUAAGCAAAAGUAUUACUGUACUUGUAAAAGACCCUGUUUUGUAAAGUUGAAUGGUUUCAUUAUUCUUGUGUGA